GUGAGGAGAAGACACAGAAGCACCCCUCUCCUCUCUCUUGCCCCCUCUCUCCUCCUCCUCCUCUCUCUCUCUCUCUCUCUCUCUCUCUCUCUCUCUCUCUCUCUCUCUCUCCCUCUGUGACGUGGUGCGUGGUGUGUGUGUGUGGCGUGUCAGUGUGUGUUUGCUGUGUGUGCGGGAGAGAGAGAGCGAAACAGGUCGGCUUUUCCUUCAGCAGACUGUGAACCUGCACAGGAGGAAGCAGCCCUCUCCAGACUGAGAUAUUUUCAACAUAUUGGAGAGAGAAGAAGAGACACCCCCAGUAAAAGUUACUACAUCCUCAAGGAACCAAGUGAAAAACUCCUGUGAUCGUCUGCAGAGCUCUAGGCUAAAGAUUACUGGGGGUCAGGGCCUGCACAUCUCCAGCUGCCAUGACAGACACCACCACCUGAGCUUCUCAGUGACACCCUACGACAGGGGAGGAUGGGUGAUGGGCCCGUGAAAUUCACCGGACUCUCUUCUCCUUAUCCCAUCCUCUCAUGGAGCGUCCUGUCACACCGAGCCCCUCCUGGAACACUUCCCUGUCCGGCCUCCCCACGUUUCCGGCCUCACUGCAUCCAAAUAUCUCUAACGUGACCCCGCCCAUCGAGAGUGUCCGAGGCGGGGUGGAUCUGAGCCAGUCCUUUGCGCUGGCCGCUAUGCUCAUCAUGGAUGUGCUGGCAGUAGUGGGGAACUUGGCCGUGAUUAUUGUCAUCACCAAAACACCGCAGCUGCACAAAUUUGCCUUCGUGUUCCACCUCUGUCUGGUGGACCUGCUGGCAGCGCUGGUGUUGAUGCCUCUGGGGAUGCUGUCAGACCGAAUCCUGAUGGAUGAGGCGCUGUGCCGGAGCUACCUCUGCUUGAGUGUGUGUCUUGUGAGUGCUGCCAUCCUCACCAUCUGUGCCAUCAACGUGGAGCGCUACUAUUACAUCGUCCAUCCCAUGCGUCAUGAGGUGAAGAUGACGGUGGGGGUGGUGGUGAUAGUAGUGGUAGGAAUCUGGAUUAAAGCCGUUGUCAUGUCAGUGCUACCUCUCCUGGGAUGGCUGCUCCAGGGGAACCAGGGUCUGGGGACUCCCUCCAUCGUCAUUCCCGGCCAGAGACACUGCUCCCUCCACUGGACGGGGAGCAGGACCACACGUCUGCUUUUCAUGGUCUUCUUUACAUUUAUUUAUUUUCUGUGCCCAAUGAUGAUCAUUCUGGUGGUCUACUGCAACAUGUUCAAGGUGGCGCGUGUAGCAGCCAUGCAGCACGGCCCCCUCCCCACCUGGAUGGACACGCCGCGACAAAGGUCGGAGUCCAUCAGCAGCCACUCCACCAUGGCAGCUAGCCUCGGAGGAACUGGUGCCCGCACCACCCCUCAGAGGACCUUCAGCGGAGGGAAGGCUGCAGUGGUUCUGGUGGCAGUGGGAGGCCAGUUCCUCUGCUGCUGGCUGCCAUAUUUCUCAUUCCACCUCUACUCGGCCGUGGUGUCUACCUCUCCCACCUCGCUGGCCCAGCUGGAGGACGUGGUCACGUGGAUUGGAUAUUUCUGCUUCACCUCCAACCCCUUCUUCUAUGGCUGCCUGAACCGGCAGAUUCGUGAAGAGCUGGGCCGCCACCUGGCUUGCCUCUUCAAGCGAGCCGGGCCCGGCGAAGGGGAGCAGCUGCCCAGCCGUGAGGCCUCUAUCGAGGAGAACUUUUUGCAGUUCCUUCAGGGCACUGGAUGCAAUCUGGAGCCCUGCAACUCUCACAGCAGAGCCAGCCCAGAGAAGCCAGAGACAGAGGCCCUUCAGGAAUCAGCUGUUCAGCAGAACACGCCAGCUGACUUCCACAUCCCAGGGCAGAUCCUUGAGGAGACCUCAGAGUUCAUACAGCGGCAACAGCUAAACAAUGAGCUACAUGUAUCAGAGAAUUGCUGUAAAACUGUACCAGAGCUGUAGCUGCCUGUACUGUCUCUUUUGCCAUCCAAUAAUCCAAGACAUAUACUUCAUUUCAUUCGUAUUUUCUAAAAUUUUGUUGAACUGAUAAAUCUUUGUUCAUGCUACAACAGUGCUUUUAAGCUAAAAAUCCAGUGACCUGCAAAACACGGGAAUCUUCUUUGAAGAACUGAAGUCAUGCAGCUUUUCAGCGGAGGACAGAGCUGAAUAUAAUGUGUGCAUCAUCUCAUUCAUAUCCCCAGUGGCCAUGAUGCUGCAGCACUACAUGUUUUGAGAGCCAUACAGACUGUGUGAUGUCAGCAGACGAACACUAAACCCUUGUUGUGCUAACUGCAGUUGAGUGAAGUGACAUAAAGAAGAAGUGUUGAAUUAUGAGAGAGUAGAGCUUCAAUGAGGGGACACAGUUUUCACUGUUUACAGAAAACUAUAAGAGUCAUUAAGAGGAAAUUCUAAAAAGAUUCAGUGAAAUGUUUAGUUUGCUCAUUCAUUACUCAUUAAAUUUGGGUUUUUCAUCAGACAUAAAGCAAUAAUGUACACUAUACAAUUUGUUGUGACACAUCAUCAUUACUUCAUCAAACAUACGGUUCUUCCCUCUGUGUUUUCCUUCUCUAGAUUAUGUUUUUAAAAACUUUAAGAAGCCCUUUGACAAUCAGUUCAUAUUCACCCUGUGAUACCACCACUCUACGUAGGCCCUGGUUCACCUCUAGCAAAGUAUUAUUUUAUACAACUGUCUGCUCAAGGAAAAGCAUAAGAAAGUGAAGAGAUGGUGGCUGUUGUUGCCAGUUUGUUUAUGAGUUUGUUUGUUAGUAAAUGAUCAGAUUUCUUCAUCACAUAUUUAAUCUUCAUCUCACCAAGGACUUAAUGCAAAAAUGUUGUUGUUUUCCUCAGUAUAAAAAAAUGAAUAUUUAGAGCCAUUUAAAAAAGAAAACUGCCCCAGUAUUUGAAAUAUUCAUUUUGUUGAACAGGAUCAUUUCACAGCUGGUGCUGCUGGUGGUAUUUAUGAUAAACAGGCUGACACACCAGUGUAUUUUUAACCAUUUUCCAGGAACAUUAUUAUCGUGUUUAUCUGUUCUCAGUCUUGUGAUUAUCACCUCCUCACCAAAAUCAUCUCACAUUGCUAGACUCGUGAUUUCACCCCCUUCCACUGAAAGAAAAACAUUGUAACUGGUAUAAUUUGUAUGACAGCGACGGUGUAAAGAAUAAAUCUUUGCAAAAACACUGGCCACAGCACAUUAAAACUGUCAGUUUGCUGGAACAAGGAAGUCAAUGUGGACAGUUUCGAGCAGUCCCCGUCACCUGUGCUGUCAUGUCUGCGCUGUUUACAGGUAAACACAGGAGCAAGUGCGAUCGCUGCUUUUGUUUGUGCUCUAAACAACCAGGCUUGUUGUGGCUACACAAGCACGCAGGUGUGACACUGCUUACACAUGGCAAGAUUCGCCUUUGGCCUCAUUUAGCGACAAAUGGAAGACACUGGUGAUACUUUCUCCAAUCUCAGGUGGAAUACAGUUUGCACAAGUCACACAAGCAGUGACAAACGUUCCAAAGAAAAUUACAAGGCACAAAAUCUCUUACAGUCUCUCUUUUUUAUACGCGUUCUUUCUUGCUGCCUUCAUCUAUUUUGGACUGCCUCAUACUGGACUGUUGGUAUGAUCACAAGACGCUCGACACAAGGCGUACAGGGAAGGUUCAUAUUUUGCUGGGAGUCAGAGCAAAAAAAAGCUCCCUUUGUUGGGUGGGGUGGGGUGACCCUAACGUUCUUAAUUUUCUUGGGAUAUGAUGAUAUGUGACUUUGUUGUUGACUGUUUUUCAGACGGGGUCAUCAUGUCAUCUUGUGUUAAAAUGUUUCUUUUGUGUCAAAAGAUGUUGCAGUAAUGUUAGGCCCCAAUUUACUUAAGACAUCAAGGAGCACAAGACGAAACCACUACUGCCAUAAUCCUCAAUGUUCUACAAUAUGUAUGGAUUUUUAAUUUAUUAUCAGUAGUAGUAUCAAAACUACAAAAUAUAAAACCAUAAGAUUUAUUCAUUUAUAAUUUCUUUAUUUAUUACACCAGCGUCCAUGAGCAAGGGUUUUAAUCUCUUUAGAUAAUCUGAGAUCUUCCUCAUUGAGCAUUAUUGAUCAUCUCCUCUUUAUGGUACAAUGUUGUAACAAAUUCAGUGAUGUUUCACACAGUCUGGGGUCAUUACAAAACCCUUUAUACUAAGUGUGCAUCAAUCCACCAUUCAAUCAGCUGGAUUUCUGUUACCGUAGCAGCAAAAUUGCCCUUGACCAAUCUGAUUACACGCUUUAAGCUCUAUUUCUGCCGCCAUCUGUUGAUUACGAGGAUGGAGAAAUAAGCUGUUUCCAAAGGUGAAUGGCAGAUGAUAUUCCCAGCUUCAGGAAUAUUCUUUUUUUUUUUUUUUAAUUGUGAAUCAUCAGUACAGUCGAUAUGUUCAUUUUCCCCUGUAUCUCUUUUUGUACCUGAGCUGAAAAAGACUGUUUGGAUUCUUCAUUAUUAGGGUUUGUUUUUUUUUCUUCCCCCUCUUGUUAAGAUUUCCCUGUGUAUUGGUUACCCAUCAGUUGAAAUGAUUAAAAACUGCUGAAAGAA